ACCCCCCCACCAAGCAAUACCAAGGAAGAUGGUGACAAGUAGGAAGUGUAAAUCAAGUGUCAAUAAAACACGUCCGCCUUUCUAGACUCGACAAUCAUGGACUAACGUUGGAAAACCAUGGAUAAAGCCGUCUGCAACAAUGCCGCAGCCCAGAAUCAUGCUGGUGGUCACAGGAGAUGAUUUUGGUUACUGCCCCAAGAGGAAUCAGGGCAUCGUGGACUGCUUCCUGGCUGGGGGAAUUUCCAGCGUAUCGUUGCUGGUGAAUGCAUCUGCUGCCAAACAAGCAUCCGAUUUGGCUAAAAGACACAGCAUCCCGAUUGGUCUCCAUGCCAACCUGACCGAGGGCACCCCUGUGUGCCAGAACCUCAGAAAGACCUCCACACUCACCAAUGAAUGCGGCUUUUUCCACGGCAAGAUGGGCUUCCGUCAGGCACUGGAAAGAAAUCAGCUCAGUAUGGAACAGGUGGAGAAAGAGCUGAGAGAUCAGAUCAGGCUGUUCCAAGAACUGACAGGUCAUCUGCCCCAUCACAUGGAUGGACAUCAGCAUGUACAUGUACUACCAGAGGUGCGUGAGGUGUUUGCACAGGUGCUGUCAGAUCACCGAAUCCCAUACACUCGUGUUCCGGUGGAGCCAGGUUUGCACAGUUGCACGUGGCUGCCAGCACAUCUCCAAAGUUUCUACAAUCAAGUGGAGAAAGACGCUCUGGAGUCCAUCCCUGUCUUCAGGCGCUAUGGAAUAAGGUGGCCUGAUGUCUAUCUGGGACUAACCACAGUUGGACAGAACAUGUCUGUCUCCAAUCUGCAGAGAGCCCUCAGCUAUGCCUCCAAACCCGUGGCGUCCUGCACUAUGUCCUCUUGUGAAGACAACGUGGUGACGGCAGAACUCAUGGUGCACCCGGGUUACCCCAGUCACCCCCAAGAAGGUGGCUGCGGAGAAGGACCCGAUGAUUUCUCUCAGUCGGACGACCGACGACACGAGCUGAGCGUCCUCGUCGAUCCGUCCCUGUUGGCCAUGUUUCGCCAGGAGAGAGUGCAGCUCUGUGCUUUUAAAGAUCUUUGAGUGAAGCGGACAUGUACCCGCUGUAGAGUAUGUCUUAUUUAUGAAUGUAAAUGUGCAUUGGCAUUAGUGUUUCAGGAACAACAUGCACUAAUAAGCAAUUAGAUAGAUAGACUCCCUUUAUUGUCAUUGCACAAAAACACAGUAGUGAAAUUGCCAACGAAAUGUAGCUUGACGAUCCGUUGACUUCUCAAUUAAAAGCACCUCCGUCACGUUACAUGAAGGCAAACCUCAUUACAUGGAAGUCUAUUUUUGUUUAUUCACACAGAAAAUAUAGAUUAUAUAAAUAAAUACAUAGAGUUGGCUGCACUAGGAGACCCGAGUUCAAUUCCAACCUCAGCCAUUUCUGUGUGGAGUUUGCAUGUUCUCCCCGUGCAUGCGUGGGUUUUCUCCCGGUACUCCGGUUUCCUCCCACAUUCCAAAAACAUGCUAGGUUAAUUGGCCACUCCAAAUUGUCCAUAGGUAUGAAUGUGAGUGUGAAUGAAUGAAUACAUAAGAGUUCUAUUGAGAUUUUAUACUAGAACUAUGUAUGAUGAAUGCCUGCGUAGUAUAAAAAAAAAUUAUAAGGAGCCAAAACUACUACGUGAACAUACCUCUGUAACGUUUAAAUUAAUAAUUUACAUUGCUGCCUUUAGUAAUAUGCACAUACUGAUAUAUAUAGAUUUAUACAUAUAUGUAUAAAAUAAAAAUAAUUAUGAGUUGAUCUAUUAUAUGUCCAAACUUUAGGGACGUCCUGAAAAAUGUAUUAUGAUACAUUUGUCCAUUGUGUAUGAGCUGUGAUUCAGAUGUUGGCCUACAGGGGGCAGUAAUGUUUUAGCUGCUCGUUAUCCAUGGCGAGGCGUCAAGAGUUGUAGCACAAACAACCGUGUUUGUUAAACGUGUUUGUAAACACUACAAAACUGUUUUAUGAGACAAUAA